AUGGGGACGGUUUUUCAUGCGGCGGGCCCGUUUGAAGGCAAAAAGAGCUGCAAUCUCGUCCCAAGCUCAAAAACCCAUUCUCCCGCUUCCCAUAACCCCACCCUAUUUUCCCGCUUUCCAUCAUCUCGCCACAUUCUCCCACUUUCCAUCACCCCGCCCCCUUCUCUCUCCUUCCAUCACCCCGCCCCAUUCUCCCGCUUUCCAUCAGCCCGCCCCAUUCUCCCGCUUUCCAUCACCCCUCCCAUUUCUCCCACUUUCCAUCUCCCCGCCCCAUUCUCCCGCUUUCCAUCACCCCGCCCCAUUCUCCCGCUUUCCAUCACCCCGCCCCAUUCUUCCGCUUCCCAUCAUCCCGCCCCGUUCCCCCGCUUUCCAUCACCCCUCCCCAUUCUCCCUCCUUCCAUCACCCCGCCCCAUUCUCUCGCUUUCCAUCACCCCCCCCCAUUCUCCCGCUUUCCAUCACCCCGCCCCAUUCUCCCGCUUUCCAUCACCCCAGCCCAUUCUUCCUCCUUCCAUCACCCCGCCCCAUUCUCCCGCUCUCCAUCACCCCGCCCCAUUCUCCCGCCUUCCAUCACCCCGCCCCAUUCUCCCUCAUUCCAUCACCCCGCCCCAUUCUCCCGCUUUCCAGCACCCCGCCCUAUUCUCCCGCUUCCCAUAACCCCACCCCAUUCUCCCACUUUCCAUCACCCCGCCCCCUUCUCUCUCCUUCCAUCACCCCGCCCCAUUCUCCCUCCUUCCAUCACCCCGCCCCAUUCUCCUGCUUUCCAUCAGCCCGCCCCAUUCUCCCGCUUUCCAUCACCCCGCCCCAUUCUCCCUCCUUCCAUCACCCCGCCCCAUUCUCCCGCUUUCCAUCACCCCGCCACAUUCUCCCGCUUUCUAUCAGCCCACCCCAUUCUCCCUCCUUCCAUCACUCCGCCCCAUUCUCCCGAUUUCCAUCACCCCGCCCCAUUCUCCCGAUUUCCAUCACCCCGCCCCAUUCUCCCGCUUUCCAUCACCCCGCCCCAUUCUCCCGCUUUCCAUCACCCCGCCCCAUUCUCCUUCCUUCCAUCACCCCGCCCCAUUCUCCUGCUUUCCAUCAGCCCGCCCCAUUCUCCCGCUUUCCAUCACCCCGCCCCAUUCUCCCUCCUUCCAUCACCCCGCCCCAUUCUCCCGCUUUCCAUCACCCCGCCCCAUUCUCCCGCUUCCCAUAACCCCACUCCAUUCUCCUGCUUUCCAUCACCCCGCCACAUUCUCCCGCUUUCCAUCACCCCGCCCCAUUCUCCCUCAUUCCAUCACCCCGCCCCAUUCUCCCGCUUUCCAUCACCCCGCCCCAUUCUCCCGCUUCCCAUAACCCCACCCCAUUCUCUCGCUUUCCAUCACCCCGCCACAUUUUCCCACUUUCCAUCACCCCGCCCCCUUCUCUCUCCUUCCAUCACCCCGCCCCAUUCUCCCUCCUUCCAUCACCCCGCCCCAUUCUCCCGCUUUCCAUCAGCCCGCCCCGUUCUCCCGCUUUCCAUCACCCCGCCCCUUUCUCCCGCUUUCCAUCUCCCCGCCACAUUCUCCCGCUUUCCAUCACCCCGCCCCAUUCUCCCGCUUUCCAUCACCCCGCCCCAAUCUUCCGCUUCCCAUCAUCCCGCCCCAUUCCACCACUUUCCAUCACCCCUCCCCAUUCUCCCUCCUUCCAUCACCCCGCCCCAUUCUUCCGCUUUCCAUCACCCGCCCCAGUCUCCCGCUUUCCAUCACCUCGCCCCAUUCUGCCGCUUUCCAUCACCCCGCCCCAUUCUUUUGCUUUCCAUCACCCCGCCCCAUUCUCCCGCUUUCCAUCACCCUGCCCCAUUCACCCGCCACAUUCUCUCGCUUUCCAUCACCCCGCCCCAUUCUCCCGCUUUCCAUCACUCGCUCCAUUCUCCCGCCUUCCAUCACCCCGCCCCAUUCUCCCGCUUUCCAUCACCCCGCCCCAUUCUCCCGCUUUCCAUCAUUCCACCCCAUUCUUCCGCUUUCCAUCACCCCGACCCAUUCUCCCACUUUCCAUCACCCCGCCCCAUUCUCCCUCCUUCCAUCACCCCGCCUCAUUCUCCCUCCUUCUAUCACCCCGCCCCAUUCUCUCGCUUUCCAUCACCCUGCCCCCCCCAUUCUCCCGCUUUCCAUCACCCUGCCCCAUUCUCCCGCUUUCCAUCAUCCCGCCCCAUUCUUUUGCUUCCCAUCAUCCCGCCCCAUUCCCCCGCUUUCCAUCACCCCUCCCCAUUCUCCCUCCUUCCAUCACCCCGCCCCAUUCUCUCGCUUUCCAUCACCCCGCCCCAUUCUCCUGCUUUCCAUCACCCCGCCCCAUUCUCCCGCUUUCCAUCACUCCGCCCCAUUAUCCCUCCUUCCAUCACCCCGCCCCAUUCUCCCUCCUUCCAUCACCGCGCCACAUUCUCCCACUUUCUAUCACCCCACCCCAUUCUCCCUCCUUCCAUCACCCCGCUCCAUUCUCCCGCUUUCCAUCACCCCGCCCCAUUCUCCCGAUUUCCAUCACCCCGUUCCAUUCUCCCGCUUUCCAUCACCCCGCCCCAUUCUCCCGCUUUCCAUCACCCCGCCCCAUUCUCCCGCUUUCCAUCAUCCCGCCCCAUUCUUCCGCUUCCCAUCAUCCCGCCCCAUUCCCCUGCUUUCCAUCACCCCUCCCCAUUCUCCCUCCUUCCAUCACCCCGCCCCAUUCUCUCGCUUUCCAUCACCCCGCCCCAUUCUCCCGCUUUCCAUCACCCCGCCCCAUUCUCCCGCUUUCCAUCACUCCGCCCCAUUAUCCCUCCUUCCAUCACCCCGCCCCAUUCUCCCUCCUUCCAUCACCCCGCCCCAUUCUCCCGCUUUCCAUCACCCCGCCUCAUUCUCCCGCUUCCCAUAACCCCACCCCAUUCUCCCGCUUUCCAUCACCCCGCCACAUUCUCCCACUUUCUAUCACCCCGCCCCCUUCUCUCUCCUUCCAUCACCCCGCCCCAUUCUCCCUCCUUCCAUCACCCUGCCCCAUUCUCCCGCUUUCCAUCAGCCCGCCCCAUUCUCCCGCUUUCCAUCACCCCUCCCCUUUCUCCCGCUUUCCAUCUCCCCGCCCCAUUCUCCCGCUUUCCAUCACCCCGCCCCAUUCUCCUGCUUUCCAUCACCCCGCCCCAUUCUUCCGCUUCCCAUCAUCCCGCCCCGUUCCCCCGCUUUCCAUCACCCCUCCCCAUUCUCCCUCCUUCCAUCACCCCGCCCCAUUCUCUCGCUUUCCAUCACCCCGCCCCAUUCUCCCGCUUUCCAUCACCCCGACCCAUUCUCCCGCUUUCCAUCACCCCGCCCCAUUCUUCCUCCUUCCAUCACCCCGCCCCAUUCUCCCGCUUUCCAUCCCCUCGCCCCAUUCUCCCUCCUUCCAUCACCCCCCCCCAUUCUCCCUCAUUCCAUCACCCUGCCCCAUUCUCCCGCUUUCCAUCACCCCGCCCCAUUCUCCCGCUUCCCAUAACCCCACCCCAUUCUCCCGCUUUCCAUCACCCCGCCACAUUUUCCCACUUUCCAUCACCCCGCCCCCUUCUCUCUCCUUCCAUCACCUCGCCCCAUUCUCCCUCCUUCCAUCAACCCGCCCCAUUCUCCCGCUUUCCAUCAGCCCGCCCCAUUCUCCCGCUUUCCAUUACCCCGCCCCUUUCUCCCGCUUUCCAUCUCCCUGCCCCAUUCUCCCGCUUUCCAUCACCCCGCCCCAUUCUCCCGCUUUCCAUCACCCAGCCCCAUUCUCCCGCUUUCCAUCACCCCGCCCCAUUCUCCCGCUUUCCAUCACCCAGCCCCAUUCUCCCGCUUUCCAUCAUCCCGCCCCAUUUUCCCGCUUUCCAUCACCCCGCCCCAUUCUCCCGCUUUCCAUCACCCUGCCCCAAUCUCCCGCUUCCCAUCACCCCACCCCAUUCUCCCUCCUUCUAUCACCCCGCCCCAUUCUCCCGCUUUCCAUCACCCCGCCCCAUUCUCCCGCUUUCCAUCACCCAGCCUCAUUCUCCCGCUUUCCAUCACCCCGCCCCAUUCUCCCGCUUUCCAUCACCCCGCCCCAUUCUACCGCUUUCCAUCACCCCGCCCCAUUCUCCCUCCUAUCUCCCCGCCCAAUUCUCCCGCUUUCCAUCACCCCGUCCCAUUCUCCCUCCUUCCAUCACCCCGCCCCAUUCUCCCUCCUUCCAUCACCCCGCCCCAUUCUCCCUCAUUCCAUCACCCUGCCCCAUUCUCCCGCUUUCCAUCACCCCGCCCCAUUCUCCCGCUUCCCAUAACCCCACCCCAUUCUCCCGCUUUCCAUCACCCCGCCACAUUUUCCCACUUUCCAUCACCCCGCCCCCUUCUCUCUCCUUCCAUCACCUCGCCCCAUUCUCCCUCCUUCCAUCAACCCGUCCCAUUCUCCUGCUUUCCAUCAGCCCGCCCCAUUCUCCCGCUUUCCAUUACCCCGCCCCUUUCUCCCAUUUUCCAUCUCCCUGCCCCAUUCUCCCGCUUUCCAUCACCCCGCCCCAUUCUCCCGCUUUCCAUCACCCAGCCCCAUUCUCCCGCUUUCCAUCACCCCGCCCCAUUCUCCCGCUUUCCAUCACCCAGCCCCAUUCUCCCGCUUUCCAUCACCCCGCCCCAUUUUCCCGCUUUCCAUCACCUCGCCCCAUUCUCCCGCUUUCCAUCACCCUGCCCCAAUCUCCCGCUUUCCAUCACCCCACCCCAUUCUCCCUCCUUCCAUCACUCCGCCCCAUUCUCCCGCUUUCCAUCACCCCGCCCCAUUCUCCCGCUUUCCAUCACCCAGCCUCAUUCUCCCGCUUUCCAUCACCCCGCCCCGUUCUCCCGCUUUCCAUCACCCCGCCCCAUUCUCCCGCUUUCCAUCACCCCGCCCCAUUCUCCCUCCUUCCAUCUCCCCGCCCCAUUCUCCCACUUUCCAUCACCCCGUCCCAUUCUCCCUCCUUCCAUCACCCCGCCCCAUUCUCCCUCCUUCCAUCACCGCGCCCCAUUCUCCCGCUUUCCAUCAGCCCGCCCCAUUCUCCCGCUUCCCAUAACCCCACCCCCUUCUCCCGCUUUCCAUCACCCCGCCACAUUCUCCCGCUUUCUAUCACCCCGCCCUAUUCUCCCUCCUUCCAUCACCCCGCCCCAUUCUCCCGCUUUCCAUCACCCCGCCCCAUUCUCCCGCUUUCCAUCAUCCCGCCCCAUUCUCCCUCCUUCCAUCACCCCGCCCCAUUCUCCCGCAUUCCAUCACUCCGCCCCAUUCUCCCUCCUUCCAUCACCCCGCCCCAUUCUCCCUGCUUCCAUCACCCCGCCCCAUUCUCCCGCUUUUCAUCACCCCGCCCCAUUCUCCCGCUUCCCAUAACCCCACCCCCGCCCCAUUCUCCCGCUUUCCAUCACCCCUCCCAUUUCUCCCACUUUCCAUCUCCCCGCCCCAUUCUCCCGCUUUCCAUCACCCCGCCCCAUUCUCCCACUUUCCAUCACCCCGCCCCAUUCUUCCGCUUCCCAUCAUCCCGCCCCCUUCCCCCGCUUUCCAUCACCCCUCCCCAUUCUCCCUCCUUCCAUCACCCCGCCCCAUUCUCUCGCUUUCCAUCACCCCGCCCCAUUCUCCCGCUUUCCAUCACCCCGCCCCAUUCUCCCGCUUUCCAUCACCCCAGCCCAUUCUUUUUCCUUCCAUCACCCCGCCCCAUUCUCCGGCUUUCCAUCACCCCGCCCCAUUCUCCCUCCUUCCAUCACCCCGCCCCAUUCUCCCUCAUUCCAUCACCCCGCCCCAUUCUCCCGCUUUCCAUCACCCCGCCCCAUUCUCCCGCUUCCCAUAACCCCACCCCAUUCUCCCGCUUUCCAUCACCCCGCCAAAUUUUCCCACUUUCCGUCACCCCGCCCCCUUCUCUCUCCUUCCAUCACCCCGCCCCAUUCUCCCUCCUUCCAUCACCCCGCCCCAUUCUCCUGCUUUCCAUCAGCCCGCCCCAUUCUCCCGCUUUCCAUCACCCCGCCCCAUUCUCCCUCCUUCCAUCACCCCGCCCCAUUCUCCCGCUUUCCAUCACCCCGCCCCAUUCUCCCGCUUCCCAUAACCCCACUCCAUUCUCCCGCUUUCCAUCACCCCGCCACAUUCUCCCGCUUUCUAUCACCCCGCCCCAUUCUCUUUCCUUCCAUCACCCCGCCCCAUUUUCCCGCUUUCGAUCACCCCGCCCCAUUCUCCCGAUUUCCAUCACCCCGCCCCAUUCUCCCGCUUUCCAUCACCCCGCCCCAUUCUCCCGCUUUCCAUCACCCCGCCCCAUUCUCCCGCUUUCCAUCACCCCACCCCAUUCUUCCGCUUCCCAUCAUUACGCCCCAUUCCCCCGCUUUCCAUCACCCCUCCCCAUUCUCCCUCCUUCCAUCACCCCGCCCCAUUCUCUCGCUUUCCAUCACCCCGCCCCAUUCUCCGGCUUUCCAUCACCCCGCCCCAUUCUCCCGCUUUCCAUCACUCCGCCCCAUUAUCCCUCCUUCCAUCACCCCGCCCCAUUCUCACUCCUUCCAUCACCCCGCCCCAUUCUCCCGCUGUCCAUCACCCCGCCUCAUUCUCCCGCUUCCGAUAACCCCACCCCAUUCUCCCGCUUUCCAUCACCCCGCCACAUUCUCCCACUUUCUAUCACCCCGCCCCCUUCUCUCUCCUUCUAUCACCCCGCCCCAUUCUCCCUCCUUCCAUCACCCUGCCCCAUUCUCCCGCUUUCCAUCACCCCGCCCCAUUCUCCCGCUUUCCAUCACCCCUCCCCUUUCUCCCGCUUUCCAUCUCCCCGCCCCAUUCUCCCGCUUUCCAUCACCCCGCCCCAUUCUCCUGCUUUCCAUCACCCCGCCCCAUUCUUCCGCUUCCCAUCAUCCCGCCCCAUUCUCCCGCUUUCCAUCACCCCUCCCCAUUCUCCCUCCUUCCAUCACCCCGCCCCAUUCUCUCGCUUUCCAUCACCCCGCCCAAUUCUCCCGCUUUCCAUCACCCCGACCCAUUCUCCCGCUUUCCAUCACCCCGCCCCAUUCUCCCUCCUUCCAUCACCCCGCCCCAUUCUUCCGCUUUCCAUCACCCCGCCCCAUUCUCCCUCCUUCAAUCACCCUGCCCCAUUCUCCCUCAUUCCAUCACCCUGCCCCAUUCUCCCGCUUUCCAUCACCCCGCCCCAUUCUCCGGCUUCCCAUAACCCCACUCCAUUCUCCCUCUUUCCAUCACCCCGCCACAUUUUCCCACUUUCCAUCACCCCGCCCCCUUCUAUCUCCUUCCAUCACCCCGCCCCAUUCUCCCUCCUUCCAUCAACCCGCCCCAUUCUCCCGCUUUCCAUCAACCCGCCCCAUUCUCCCGCUUUCCAUCACCCCGCCCCUUUCUCCAGCUUUCCAUCUCCCUGCCCCAUUCUCCCACUUUCCAUCACCCCACCCCAUUCUCCCGCUUUCACUCACCCAGCCCCAUUCUCCCGCUUUCCAUCAGCCCGCCCCAUUCUCUCGCUUUCCAUCACCCAGCCCCAUUCUCCCGCUUUCCAUCACCCCGCCCCAUUUUCCCACUUUCCAUCACCCCGCCCCAUUCUCCCGCUUUCCAUCACCCUGCCCCAAUCUCCCGCUCUCCAUCAUCCCACCCAAUUCUCCCUCCUUCCAUCACCCCGCCCCAUUCUCCCGCUUUUCAUCACCCCGCCCCAUUCUCCCGCUUUCCAUCACCCCGCCCCAUUCUCCCUCCUUCCAUCACCCCGCCCCAUUCUCCUGCUUUCCAUCACCCCGUCCCAUUCUCCCUCCUUCCAUCACCCCGCCCCAUUCUCCCGCUUUCCAUCACCCCGCCCCAUUCUCCCGCUUUCCAUCAGCCCGCCCCAUUCUCCCGCUUUCCAUCACCCCUCCCCUUUCUCCCACUUUCCAUCUCCCCGCCCCAUUCUCCCGCUUUCCAUCACCCCGCCCCAUUCUCCCGCUUUCCAUCACCCCGCCCCAUUCUUCCGCUUCCCAUCAUCCCGCCCCAUUCCCCCCCUUUCCAUCACCCCUCCCCAUUCUCCCUCCUUCCAACACCCCGCCCCAUUCUCUCGCUUUCCAUCACCCCGCCCCAUUCUCCCGCUUUCCAUCACCCCGCCCCAUUCUCCCGCUUACCAUCACCCCAGCCCAUUCUUCCUCCUUCCAUCACCCCGCCCCAUUCUCCCGCUUUCCAUCACCCCGCCCCAUUCUCCCUCAUUCCAUCACCCCGCCCCAUUCUCCCGCUUUCCAUCACCCCGCCCCAUUCUCCUGCUUCCCAUAACCCCACCCCAUUCUCCCGCUUUCCAUCACCCCGCCACAUUUUUCCACUUUCCAUCACCCCGCCCCCUUCUCUCUCCUUCCAUCACCCCGCCCCAUUCUCCCUCCUUCCAUCACUCCGCCCCAUUCUCCUGCUUUCCAUCAGCCCGCCCCAUUCUCCCGCUUUCCAUCACCCCGCCCCUUUCUCCUGCUUUCCAUCUCCCCGCCCCAUUCUCCCGCUUUCCAUCACCCCACCCCAUUCUCCCGCUUUCCAUCACCCCGCCCCAUUCUUCCGCUUCCCAUCAUCCCGCCCCUUUUCCCCGCUUUCCAUCACCCCUCCCCAUUCUCCCUCCUUCCAUCACCCCGCCCCAUUCUCCCGCUUUCCAUCACCCGCCCCAUUCUCCUGCUUUCCAUCACCCCGCCUCAAUCUUUUGCUUUCCAUCACCCCGCCCCAAUCUCCCGCUUUCCAUCACCCUGCCCCAUUCACCCGCUUUCCAUCACCCGCCCCAUUCUCCCGCUUUCCAUCACCCCGCCCAUUCUCCCGCUUUCCAUCACCCCGCCCCAUUCUCCCGCUUUCCAUCCCCCCGCCCCAUUCUCCCGCUUUCCAUCACCCCGCCCCAUUCUCCCGCUUUCCAUCACUCCGCCCCAUUCUCCCGCUUUCCAUCACCCCGACCCAUUCUCCCACUUUCCAUCCCCCCGCCCCCUUCUCCCUCCUUCCAUCACCCCGCCCCAUUCUCCCUCCUUCCAUCACCCCGCCCCAUUCUCCCGCUUUCCAUCACCCCGCCCCAUUCUCCCGCUUUCCAUCACCCCGCCCCAUUCUCCCGCUUUCCAUCACCCCGCCCCAUUCUCCCGCUUUCCAUCACCCCGCCCCAUUCUCCCUCCUUCCAUCACCCCGCCCCAUUCUCCCUCCUUCCAUCACCCCGCCCCAUUCUCCCGCUUUCCAUCACCCCGCCCCAUUCUCCCGCUUCCCAUAACCCCACCCCAUUCUACCGCUUUCCAUCACCCCGCCACAUUCUCCCACUUUCCAUCACCCCGCCCCCUUCUCUCUCCUUCCAUCAACCCGCCCCAUUCUCCCUCCUUCCAUCACCCCGCCCCAUUCUCCCGCUUUCCAUCACCCCGCCCCAUUCUCCCGCUUUCCAUCACCCCUCCCCUUUCUCCCGCUUUCCAUCUCCCUGCCCCAUUCUCCCGCUUUCUAUCACCCCGCCCCAUUGUCCCGCUUUCCAUCACCCCGCCCCAUUCUUCCGCUACCCAUCAUCCCGACCCAUUCCACCGCUUUCCAUCACCCCUCCCCAUUCUCCCUCCUUCCAUCAACCCGCCCCAUUCUCUCGCUUUCCAUCACCCCGCCCCAUUCUCUCGCUUUCCAUCACCCCGCCCCAUUCUCCCACUUUCCAUCACCCCGCCCCAUUCUCCCGCUUUCCAUCACCCCGACCCAUUCUCCCACUUUCCAUCACCCCGCCCCCUUCUCCCUCCUUCCAUCACCCCGCCCCAUUCUCCCUCCUUCCAUCACCCCGCCCCAUUCUCCCGCUUUCCAUCACCCCGCCCCGGCAUUCUCCCCCAAUCCAUCACCCCUCCCCAUUUUCACUCUUUCCAUCACCCCGUCCCAUUCUCCCGCUUUCCAUCACCCCGCCCCAUUCUCCCUCUUUCCAUCACCCCGCCCCAUUCUCCCCCAAUCCAUCACCCCGCCCCAUUCUCCCGCUUUCCAUCACCCCGCCCGCUCCAUUCUCCCGCUUUCCAUCACCCCGCCCAAUUCUCCCUCUUUCCAUCACCCCUCCCCAUUCUCCCUCUUUCAUCACCCCGCCCCAUUAUCCCGCUUUCCAUCACCCCGCCCCAUUCUCCCUCUAUCCAUCACCCCGCCCAAUUCUCCCACUUUCCAUCACCCCCCCGCCCCAUUCUCCCGCUUUCCAUCACCCCGCUCCAUUCUCCCGCUUUCCAUCACCCCGCCCCAUUCUUCCGCUUCCCAUCAUCCCGCCCCUUUUCCCCGCUUUCCAUCACCCCUCCCCAUUCUCCCUCCUUCCAUCACCCCGCCCCAUUCUCCCGCUUUCCAUCACACCGCCCCAUUCUCCCGCUUUCCAUCACCCUGCCCCAUUCACCCGCUUUCCAUCACCUCGCCCCAUUCUCCCGCUUUCCAUCACCCCGCCCCAUUCUCCCGCUUUCCAUCACCCUGCCCCAUUCACCCGCUUUCCAUCACCCGCCCCAUUCUCCCUCUUUCCAUCACCCCGCCUUAUUCUCCCGCUUUCCAUCACCCCGCCCCAUUGUCCCGCUUUCCAUCCCCCCGCCCCAUUCUCCCACUUUCCAUCACCCCGCCCCAUUCUCCCGCUUUCUAUCACUCCGCCCCAUUCUCCCGCUUUCCAUCACCCUGACCCAUUCUCCCACUUUCCAUCACCCCGCCCCAUUCUCCCUCCUUCCAUCACCCCGCCUCAUUCUCCCUCCUUCCAUCACCCCGCCCCAUUCUCCCGCUUUCCAUCACCCCGCCCCAUUCUCCCGCUUUUCAUCACCCCGCCCCAUUCUCCCGCUUUCCAUCACCCCGCCCCAUUCUCUUGCCUUCCAUCACCCCGCCCCAUUCUCCCGCUUUCCAUCACCCCGCCCCAUUCUCCCGCUUUCCAUCACCACGCCCCAUUCUCCCGCCUUCCAUCACCCCGCCCCAUUAUCCCUCCUUCCAUCACCCCGCCCCAUUCUCCCGCUUUCCAUCACUCCGCCCCAUUCUCCCGCUUUCCAUCACCCCACCCCAAUCUCCCUCUUUCCAUCACCCCGCCCCAUUCUCCCGCUUUCCAUCACCCCGCCCCAUUCUCCCGCUUUCCAUCACCCCGCCCCAUUCUCCUGCUUUCCAUCACCCCGCCCCAAUCUCCCUCUUUCCAACACCCCACCCCAUUCUCCCUCCUUCCAUCACCCCGCCCCAUUCACCUGCGUUCUAUCACCCCGCCCCAUUCUCCCGCCCCAAUUUCCCGUUUUCCAACACCCUCGCCACAUUCUCCUGCUUUCCAUCACCCCGCCCCAUUCUCCCACUUUCCACCUCCCCGCCCCAUUCUCCCGCUUUCCAUCACCCCGCCCCAUUCUCCCGCUUUCCAUCGACCCACCCCAUCCUCCCACCUUCCAUCACCCCGCCCCAUUCUCUUCCUUUCCAUCACCCCGCCCCAUUCUCCCGCUUUCCAUCACCCUGCCCCAUACUCCCGCUUUCCAUCACCCCGCCCGGUUCUCCUGCUUUCCAUCACCCCGCCCCAUUCUCCCGAUUUCCAUCACCCCGCCCCAUUCUCCGGCUUUGUAACACCCCGCCCCAUUCUCCCUCCUUCCCUCACCCCGCCCCAUUCUCCCUCCUUCCAUCACCCCGCCCCAUUCUCCUUCCUUCAAUCGCCCCGCCCCAUUCUCCUGCUUUCCAUCACCCCGCCCCAUUCUCCCUCCUUCCAUCACCCCACCCCAUUCUCCCGCUUUCCAUCACCACGCCCCAUUCUCCCGCUUUCCAUCACCCCGCCCCCCCCGCCCUAUUCUCCCGCUUUCCAUCACCUCGCCCCAUUCUCCCGCUUUCCAUCACCCCGCCCCAAUCUCCCUCCUUCCAUCACCCCACCCCAUUCUCCCUCCGUUAAUCAUCACGCCCCAUUCUCCCGCUUUCCAUCACCCCGCCCCAUUUUCCCGCUUUCCAUCACCACGCCACAUUCUCCCACUUUCCAUCACCCCGCCCCAUUCUCCCGCUUUCCAUCACCCCGCCCCAUUCUCCCCCUUUCCAUCACCCCACCCCAUUCUCCCUCCCUCCAGCAGAGCGCCCCAUUUUCCCUCCUUCCAUCACCCUGCCCCAUUCUCCCACUUUCCAUCACCUCGCCCCAUUCUCACGCUUUCCAUCACCGCGCCCCAUUCUCCUGCUUUCCAUCACCCCGCCCCAUUCUCCCUCCUUCCAUCACCCCGCCCCAUUCUCCCUCCUUCCAUAACCCCGCCCCAUUCUCCCGCUUUCCAUCACCCUGCCCCAUUCUCCCGCUUUCCAUCACCCCGCCCCAUUCUCCCGCUUUCCCUCACCCCACCCCAUUCUCCCACACUCCAUAG